AGCUGCGAUGGGCCUAUAAAAUUAGAUCAAUUUCUGUAGCAUUUAGUAGUUCACUUCCGACGACUCUAUAAUGAAGUUCUUUUUGAGUGUUAUUGCUUUAGCAUCUUUUCAAUAUGUUUUCUGUGACGAUGUUGAAAGAUUUUACGCAUGGAGAAAUAUAACUUUUGAAGACGUAAAAGAAGGUACCUAUAAGCCAGGAGAUGUCAUACCAACUGGAGUUACUCAUGAUGCGAAAACCAAGAAACUUUACUUUGGAGUUCCAAGACGAUAUUCCAAUAUUCCAUACACACUUGCUGAAAUUGACACUCGCAACUAUAAUCGAUCUGAAAUACGUUCUCCUCCGUUCAGUAAAUUCAAUAGUCAAAGUGGUAAAGAAUUCACAUCGAUUUAUCAACCAGUGAUUGAUGAUUGUCGUAGACUUUGGGUUCUCGAUGUUGGACAAGUGGACUAUAAAAAACAUGGAAAUGAAUAUCCAACGAAAAACCCCGAAAUUAUCGCUUUCGAUCUUAAUCAAGAAGGAAAUCCGGAAGUACAUCGAUAUAAAUUAGAAGGUGAUGUUGCACGAUCUCCACUAGGUUUUGGAGGAUUUGCCGUUGAUGUAAUAAACCCAAAUGGAAAUUGUGCCAAAUCCGAUGAAACUUAUCUUUAUAUUACGAAUUUUAUUGAUAACGCUCUUAUUGUGUAUGACAUGAAGAAUAAGAAUGCAUGGAAAUUUAAUGACGAUUCGUUCAAGCCAGAACCAGGGAAGUCCGUAUUUAAUCAUAAAGGCGAACAAUAUUCCUAUAUCGCAGGAAUAUUUGGUAUAACUCUGGGAGAUAGGAACAAGGACGGACACCGACCAGCUUAUUAUUUAGCAGGAUCGAGCACAAAGGUCUACAGUGUCAAUACCGCAUCUCUAAAGGAAAAGGGUGCAUCUCUUAAACCAAGAUUACUAGGAGAACGUGGUUUUAAAACAGAAGCCAUUGCACUUGCUUACGAUCCAAAGACUAAAGUCAUCUUCUUCGUUGAAUCUGAUAGCAGACAAGUGUCUUGCUGGAAUAUACAAAAGGAAUUAAUACCUAAAAAUGUUGGCGUUAUUUAUACAAAUGCCUAUUUUGUGUUUGGAACAGAUAUAAUGGUUGAUGCUGAUUCGACUCUGUGGUUUAUGUCUAAUGCUCAUCCACCAACAGAACUACCCAAUUUGGACUUCGAUAAGCGCCAAAUUCGUUUAAUGUACGUACCAACACACCGCGCAAUUCGUAAUCUACCGUGUGAAGUGAGAAAACCUAAAUAAAAA